AGUGUCUGCUUUUCUGGGGAUCUACUCUCGCCCUUUUUUUUUUUUAAUCAAUUAAAGAAAAUAAUGCUUUCUGUUUGCCACCAGGCCCCGCCUGCCAUUGGCCGGGGCUGCCCACGUGACCAGGAAUUGGCUGCAAUUUCGCCCCAGUCUCGAGUUUAAUAGAGCAAGGUCCCCAUACGCCUGUAUUAUCAGCAAUAUAACAAUUAUAAAAAGCCCGAGAACCAUCAUCAUCAUUGCCAUAAAAACUGAGGCCCUCAGAUUUCUUUCCCCCUUCCCCUCCUCCUCCCUCUCCCCCCUCCCGCUUUUUAAACCCUGGGCCCUGGAAAAGCCAUGAAUUUUGAAUUUGAGAGGGAGAUAGGGUUUAUAAAUAGCCAGCCUUCGCUCGCAGAGUGCCUGACGUCUCUUCCCGCUGUCCUGGAGACAUUUCAAACUUCAUCAAUCAAGGACUCGACAUUAAUUCCUCCUCCUUUUGAGCAAACCGUCCUCAGCCUGAAUCCUUGUUCCAGCAGCCAAGCAAGACCAAGGAGCCAAAAAAGAGCAUCUCAUGGCCUGCUCCAGCUCCAGCCCCAGCCUCCGGCACAGCCCGGCCCCUUGGCAGCGGAAUUCCCCUGGAUGAAGGAGAAGAAAUCGUCCAAGAAAUCUACCCAGGCUACAUCCUCUUCUUCCCCCCCAUCAUCUUCCUCGAUGCCGGUCCCUGCCGCAGGAUCUCCUGCAGACAUCCAGGGGCUGGCAGACAGCAGCGGCUCCAGGAGGCUCCGGACAGCGUACACCAACACGCAGCUGCUGGAGCUGGAGAAGGAAUUUCACUUCAACAAAUACCUCUGCAGGCCCCGGCGGGUGGAGAUCGCGGCUCUGCUCGACCUCACCGAGCGGCAAGUGAAGGUCUGGUUCCAGAACCGCCGGAUGAAGCACAAGAGGCAAACGCAGCACAAAGAACCCCCCGACGGUGACCUCGCCUACCCGAGCCUGGAUGAGGGCAGCGACCCAGCGGAGGAGGCAGAGGAGAGCCCAGCUCUCGGCCCGGCUCCGGCGCCCGGCGCCUCUUUCCAAAGGAAAAAAACAGGGAAUGAGGAGCCCGGGAGCCGGCUGGCGGCUGAGGGGGAACGGGGACCCGGGGGGGAACCCGGCCCCGCCGCCCCUCCGGCCCCUGCCUACCCCGGGGGCCAGGAUUCGCCUUUGUUGCCCGAGCUGAGCAUCUUCUCGGCCGAGUCCUGCCUGCAGCUGGCGGAGGGGCUUUCCCCCGCUCUCCAGGGCUUGGAGAGCCCCGUCCACUUCUCCGAGGAAGACCUGGACUUUUUUACAAGCGCACUUUGUACGAUAGAUUUGCAACAUUUAAAUUUCCAGUAGCGACCCCUUCUUUCCCCCUCCAGCCCCCCUUCCUUCGCCGUUUCUGCCCCUUCCAGGCUCACCAGCCCCAUUCCGAGCCACUGCCAGCUCCCUGCAAUAGGAGGGAGCACCCCCGAAAUAAACCCACAACGAACCAUCUCCCACUCAAGCGCCCUCCUCCCAUUUCUUUUAAAGCUCCUCACACUGCGGGACCAGAAUUCCCCCUUCCAAUAUUUAUUCUAGAAGGCUCACAUGAAAGAUCGGCCCGAGUUUUGCUUAAAUGCAGGUAUUUAAGGAUAGUUUUAUUUCCCUCCCUAAUUUAUUUUGAAGAAAGCAGCCGGUGGUUCUUAUACACAGCAGAGAUGUCAUCCCCAAGAGAAAACCUUUGUAAAUCCUUCCAAGGACUUUCUCAGGAAUCAGAACGAGACUUUUAGAUUUCUUAAUAAAAUAAAAUAAAUUAAAAAUCAGAGGAAUUUUCCUUCCUCUUUUUACGUUUUAGAUGUAGAUUAUUUAUUCAAAUCCUUUAAUAGUAAAUGGCAAAUUAUUUAUUGUACAUUAUUUUCAUAGAGUAAAUAAAUGUCUUUAUAAAACCAAGAAACGUGUGUUGCAGCAUAUUUCGCUCGAGAACGUCCUAUUUUCCCCCUGAAUCAUUCGCCUUCUUCUGUCCUGCUUUGCAGAAAUGAUGUCCUAAUAAUCUCCUCUUGCGCAUUGAGAGAGGAGACAAAGGGAUUUGCUCCCAACUAACAAUUCCAGAGGCUUCGCGAGUCAGAAAUCUCUGCUCUAUUCAGUUCUGCCUGCAUUUUCUUUCAGUUUGGGUUUCAUUUAUUUUAU